CACCAACACAGAGAGAGAGAGAGAGAAAGGCAAAGUUCAGUCUGAGACAGCGAUCUGCUGAGAGAACGGUGCCGCACUCCGGGACCUCCAAACGGGACGAGAUGAGACGCGCGCGCAUUUAUGGUCUGGAACGGAAAUAAGGGUUAAAAGGUUUAACACGCGCGCGCUUUACUUUCAUUUUAACGACGUUGAUCGGAGAACUCUUAUGGAUCAGAAGUGAAGAAUUUCACCGAGGAAUGUUAUUUACAAAGAUAAGACCACGAACAGUACAAGCAUACUUUGCAUUCAGAUUUAUUUCCUGAUAUGCCUGGAUUAAAACCCAAAAACUUUUCACUCAUGUUACAUGUUGAUGACAUGGAGAACUUUAUGAACUUUAUGUUUGCCUGCUAAUGAUGUAUCGUGGAGUCUUUAAACGCUUUGCCAUUACCAUGGCAUGUCAUGUAACGCUCGUGGUUCUACUGUGCCAACUAGUAUCUGCUACGUUCUCACUGGAGAUCGGUGGUUAUGAUGGUGAGUGGGACAGACAGACAAAAUGUGAGCCAAUCACCAUUCCCAUGUGCCAAGGAAUCGGCUACAACAUGACACGGAUGCCCAACUUCAUGAAAUAUGAUAGUCAAGAAGAGGCGAGUACAAAACUCAUUGAAUUUGCUUCUCUGGUGGCAUACGGCUGUGAUGUGCACCUCCGCUUCUUCCUGUGUUCCCUGUAUGUGCCCAUGUGCACAGAUAAAGUGUCCAACACUAUCCCGGCAUGCCGACCUAUGUGUGAGCAAGCGAGGCAAAAAUGCUCUCCUAUUAUGGAGCAAUUCGGUUUCAGCUGGCCGGAUUCACUGGACUGUUCAAAGUUGCCAACCAUUAAUGAUCCUAAUUCACUGUGCAUUGAGGCUCCCGAAAAUGACACGGUGCCUGAGACUAGGAGAGGGGAGGGCAUGCUGCCUGUGUUUACCAGACCCAGGCAGCCCGACAGCAGGCAGGGUCCAUCAUCUGGGACUUGUGAGAACCUGGAGAAGUUCCAGUAUGUGGAAAGAAGCAAAUCAUGUGCGCCACGAUGCACCCCUAAUGUGGAUGUGUUCUGGUCCAGGCAAGACAAGGACUUUGCUUUCAUUUGGAUGGUCGUGUGGUCUACACUGUGCUUUGUCUCGACUGCGUUCACAGUCCUCACCUUCCUCUUGGACCCACAGCGUUUCCAAUAUCCCGAGAGGCCUAUUAUCUUCCUCUCCAUGUGCUACAACGUCUACUCUGUCGCGUUCAUCAUCCGCUCUGUCGCAGGCGCUGAGAACAUUGCCUGCGACAGGGAAAAUGGGCAACUUUACAUCAUACAAGAGGGCUUAGAGAGCACAGGUUGUACCAUAGUCUUCCUCAUUCUGUAUUACUUUGGCAUGGCCAGCUCUAUCUGGUGGGUUGUUCUCACACUUACCUGGUUCCUUGCAGCUGGCAGGAAAUGGGGGCACGAAGCCAUUGAGGCUCACAGCAGCUACUUUCACAUGAUCGCCUGGGGCAUUCCAGCUUUAAAGACCAUAAUCAUUCUCACCAUGCGCAAAGUGGCAGGCGACGAGUUAACCGGACUGUGCUACGUCGGUAGUAUGGACAUCAACGCUUUAACCGGGUUUGUUCUCAUCCCUCUUUCCUGCUAUCUCAUUAUCGGCACCUCUUUCAUCCUCACCGGUUUUGUUGCACUGUUCCACAUACGCAAGAUCAUGAAAACCGAGGGCACCAACACAGAAAAACUAGAAAAGCUCAUGUUUAAGAUCGGAAUCUUUUCUGUCCUUUACACUGUCCCUGCCACUUGCGUGAUCAUCUGCUACUUCUACGAGAGGCUUAACAUGGACUACUGGAAGUUCCGCGCUCUGGAGAGCAAGUGCAUCUCUUUUCCCGGGCGUAGGUUUCAGGACUGUUCACUGGAGUCUUCGGUGCCCACUGUAGCUGUGUUCAUGCUAAAGAUAUUCAUGUCCUUAGUGGUGGGUAUUACCAGUGGAGUCUGGGUGUGGAGCUCAAAGACUCUCCAGACUUGGCAAGGCCUAUGCAGCCGGAGAUUGUCAAUGAGAACGACACACAAGCCCUGUCCUAGCAUCAACUGCAGCAGCACCCACUGUCAUUACAAAGCGACUGUAUUCCAUGCAAACAAACCCGACUCGUGCACAGACAGUCCCACAAGGGUUUGAGAAAUUCUUGUAGCAGAUUGGAUGUAAUUUGACAGAAUUUGUACAGCGAAAGCAUUUAUAAGCUUCGGUAAGAGGAGAUGCAAUAAAGGCAAAGACAUGUGUAACAGGUCAUGCUGUCAUGAUGGCAUGGUUUUGUGGUGCAAAUGAAAUGUAAAUACAGACAUUUACACGUUUAAAGCUGAAAAGUUUAUUUAUUACGGCUAUUUAUGUAUCGCUUGGCACUGAAUGCACUAUACUGUACGUACGUAUGAACAUAUGCUCUGAAUAGCGGGGUGUAAGAAUUUGGAUAUAUUGUAUAUUUAAAUAUUUUUUUUUUUGGAUGAAAGAACAAUAAAAAUGUUAUAUAUUUUUUUGCAGAUUUUGUUGAAUUACAUUCAUUGACCAGUGGACCAUGGACACAUUUGUAAAAGAUUUCCACGUAAUUCUGUUAUGCCACUGAUUGAAAACGAGCUCUGUAUGUUUUCUUAAACGUCUUCUUUUGUUAGCACUGCUGCUAGGAAAUAAAUUUGGUCAUGCAGGAAUGACGGAAAGUGCAUGUAGAGGAAAAGCAGAGAGUUAUGCAUUUAAUAUAACAUUUAAACAAAGGUCAGAUAAUGCUUCUGAAAUUGCAUUGCAGCUUUGCACCGAAACGUUCUGCUUAUUUCAAAUCCAUCUUGAAGCCACAGUCACACUUUCCUAAGUGACAUGAGCUGUUAUUGCGUGCUCUUUAUUUUAAUUCCGUAUGUGUUCCACAAAACUGCUGUCAGCCGAUCACAGUCUUGGCUACUAAUGGGACCGAAAGGAGACGUGAGAUCAGAGCAGUUCUGGCUUGGGCUCUGGUCACGUUUACCAAAGUGCUUGUACUUGUCUUUUUUUUUUUUUUUUUUUUUUUGUCCUCAAGGGCAGCUGUGACCACAUGCCUUUUUGACGUGUUUAUGAAGUGCAUCUGGAUUCACUGCAGAGUAAUCGAGAGCAGGGAGAAGAUUUUUAGGAAUUAAAUUUGUACAUUUUCAGAGCUUAUGCUCUGCUCUCAGCCCCAUGAAAUCUGUAUACAAGCUAAAAGGUGGCUCUCAAAGCCAACACCAUUAGUCAUAUUUUGCUGAGAUGGAAGCUCUGUAAUUCCAGGUCUAGAGUAAAUAGGAUUUGCAGAGGCGACUCUCCCGUUCCAAAUUAAGGAUUAAUACAUGUCCAUAAAACUGUCCUGCUGCUGUAUGUACUCUACUCAUGAGAUUUUUAUCAGUAAUGUAAAUAUUUAUUUCAACCCGUUUUAUUAUGCAUUCUCUCAGCAGCUCUAUAUCUAAUUGUACAAAUGUUGUCCUCAACAUGGCGACGCUCAGGCUUGUCCUUUGGAUUUCAUACCUGCUACAUUUGGCCAAAAAUAAAUUGUUUUUCUUGGUGACUAGUUGUUAUUAUGUGAUGCAUUACCAAAAUAAAAUUAUUGCUUGAC